CUCGGAGUGAAAUGAAUGGCCAUCUCCACCUCAUCCCCCUCCUCCCCUCCCCUUCCCCGCCUCUCACCCCCGCCCCCUUCCCUCCUCUCCUCCUUCCCGCCCCCGCCGCCCGCCCAUGGCCUCCCCCUCCGCGCGGUCGCCGCCGACCCCCGCGCCGCGCACGCGGUGGCGGUCAAGUCCGGCGCGCUGGGCCCCUCCCCCUCCCGCGCGGACGCCCGCGCCGCGAACGCCGUCAUGUGCGCCUACCUCCGCGCGGGCCGCCUGGCCGACGCGCGCGGGGUGUUCGACCGGAUGCCCGCGCGCGACGCCGCGUCCUACAGCGCGCUCAUAUCGGGCCACGCGCGCCUCGGCGGCUCCCCGGCCGCCGCCGCCGCCGCCGCCGCCGCGCUGCUCGCCCGCAUGCGCCUCCGCGACGCGCUGCCGCCCACCGAGUACACCUUCGUCGGCCUCCUCACCGCCUGCGCGCGCAGGGGCAACCCGCGGCUCGGCGCCCAGGUGCACGCCCUCGCCGCCAAGUCCGCCCACUGCUCCUGCCCCGGCACCGGACCGGGGUCGCUCCUCGUCGACAACGCGCUCCUCGGCAUGUACGUCAAGUGCGGCCGCCUCGGGGACGCGCUGAGGGCGUUCGGCGGGAUGGAGCGCCGCGACGUCUCGUCGUGGAACGCCGUCCUGGCCGGCCUCGUCGAGCUGGGGCGGCACGGGGAGGCGUUCGAGCUGUUCGGCGAGAUGCGGGCGACCGGGGUCCGCGCCGACGGGUUCUCCCUGUCGGCGCUCCUGGCCGCGGCGGGGGAAGGGUUCGGUCUCCCCGAGGGGGAGGCGGUGCACGCGCUCUCGCUCAAGUCCGGGCUGGAAACGGACCUGAGCGUGGGCAACGCGCUCAUCGGGUUCUACUCCGAGCACGGCGGCUCCGUUGAAGACAUGGUCAGCGUGUUCCAAGGGAUGCCGGUGAAGGAUGUGAUCUCGUGGACUGGGUUGCUGAACGGGUACAUGGAGUUUGGCCUGGUCAACAUGGCUCUGGACGUGUUUGAUCGGAUGCCGCAGAGGAACUUUGUCACAUACAAUGCGGUCCUGACCGGUUUCUGUCAGAACAAGGAAGGCGUGCGGGUCACGUUCGCGAAGAAGGCAGGGCUCCGAGGCCUGGGGCUGUUUAGGCAGAUCGUUGAGGACGGGCUGGAGAUCUCAGAUGUCACGGUGACUGGUGCCCUGAAUGCCUGUGCUAUUGCUGCAGAUAGGAAGAUGAGUGAGCAGGUUCAUGCUUUUGUGAUUAAGUGCGGCUGUGGCUCUACUCCCUGGAUUGAUGCCGCGUUGAUUGAUAUGUGCAUCAAGUGUGGCCGUUCUGGGGACGCACAUCUGUUGUUUGAGCAAUGGCGCCAUCAAGAGAGCUUUCAUAUUGCUUGGAAUUCUUUGCUGCUGGCUAGCGUCAGAGAUGGUGAGUAUGAGAAAGCACUUUCAACCUUCCUUCAGAUGUUUAGAAGCAGUGGUGUAGGAUUCAUUGAUGAGUUCAUGUUGACUGCUGCCCUUGGAGUAUGUGGUGCUCUAGGAUUUGCUGAACUUGGGAAGCAGAUGCAUUCCUUUGCUUCAAAAUCUGGGCUUCUGUACGCUUGUGGAGUGGGUAAUGCUAUAAUCAGUAUGUAUGGCAAGUGUGGGGAGUUGGAUGAUGCAGUCAGUUUCUUUGAUCGGAUGACUUGUCGAGACCUGGUGUCAUGGAAUGCAAUGAUCACUGCCCAUCUUCUUCAUCGUCAGGGAGAAAAGAUAUUGGACAUACGGGGCCAGAUGGAGAGAUUAGGCAUCAGGCCUGAUUCCAUUACCUUUCUUCUGGUCAUAUCUGCUUGCAGCCACACAAGCUCAGACUCUACAGACCAAUGCAGGGAACUCUUUCUUUCUAUGUCAAGCAAAUAUGGAAUUGAACCAGCCAUGGAGCACUACGCAGCAUUUGUUAACGUCCUUGGCUGCUGGGGUCAUUUUGAUGAGGCAGAACAGCUUAUAGGCGGUAUGCCAUUCAAGCCUGGUGCAUUAGUUUGGCGGUCUUUGCUAGACAGCUGCAGCAAGCGCUCCAACGUGACCGUGCGAAGACGGGCUAUGAAGCAUCUGCUUGCAUUGGAACCACAUGAUCCAUCCACGUAUGUGUUGACAUCAAACCUCUUCUCCGAAUCAGCAAGGUGGCACUCCUCCGAGAACACAAGGCUGGAGAUGCGCGAGAAGGGCAUGCGCAAGAUCCCAGCACGGAGCUGGACGUUCCACGACAACGCCGUCCACUCGUUCUUCGUGCGGGACAGGUCGCACCCGCAGUCCAAGGACAUCUACGCUGGCCUGGACGUGCUGAUCCUCGAGUGCAUCAAGGCUGGGUACGAGCCGGACACCACCUUCGUCCUGCACGACGUCGAGGAGUACCAGAAGCGGCACUUCCUGAUGUACCAUAGCGUGAAGCUGGCGGCCAUGUACGGCCUCCUGACGGCGCGCCCUGAGCGGACCGUCCGCGUCGUGAAGAACAUCCGUAUGUGCGGUGACUGCCACUCUUUCCUGGAGCACGCCUCGGCCGCCACCGGCAAGGUGAUCUCGGUCAGGGACUCGUCCGGGUUUCACGUCUUCAGGGGAGGGAGGUGUUCCUGCAGAGAAUAGCGACACUGGUGGAAUGGUACCACCAUUUUUGACAUGCUUGCAGUUUAGGAAAAUACAGAAGAUAUCCCUGCAUUGAGGUUCUUGUACAUCACUCUUGAAACCAGGAGGACAUGCUCGGAUCAAAUCAAGACCAGCCAGGCAGCUUGCCCGUGCCGCCGCCACAGUACCGCCAGGCCAGGUAAGCACAGAGGCAGCCGCCGGCGACGAGCCCCGCCGCCGCGAGAGCCUGCACGCACGCGUCUCAUUAUAGGGCCCGCCGGUGAGCUGCCACGUGCAAAUCAAAUGUCUCCUUUGCACGUACUCACCUUGCGCGUGCGGGGCGGCUUCCCGGCGCGGCGGCCGUCGUCGUCGGCCCCGGCCGGGACGAGCACGUCGUCGACCAAGGCGGCCGCGGCGCACCAGUGGUACGAGCGUCGGCGGCCCGUCGGCGUCGCCAGCGGCCGGUCGUCGUCCUCCUCCGCGUCGGAGUCGCUCCACGCCAGCAGCCUCCUGUCCAGGGUCGGCAUGGCGAGGCGCGCGCCGCCAAGAAGGUUCCCUGGCGGCCUGGUGCCAGUGGAGCUUGCCCGCCUGAUCGCGGGGUUCCCUCUGCGAACGUUACCAAUAAGAGAAUAACUGACGUGCCUCCUUAAUAACUGCCCGUUUAAUUAACUACUCGGCGUUGGCGUUUCCCA